CAUUUAUUUCUACAUUUACGCGACAUACAUUUAUUUAUUUAUGUAUUUAUGUGUCCGUAUGCUAAUGAGGUGGGCGGUCCUAACCUCAGUCUGAAGCAGGAUUCGCCAAUUGUUGGAGCCAGGCAGAAGCAAUAGAUUCGUGGCAAGUCACAUCUGUACAUUCUGUGUACAUUGUCGGCAACUCUCUAAUAAUGGCUUCGGCUGGAAGGGCGCUGGCAGACCUUCUGCGGGAUGCGGCUAACCAGCUUGAAAACUCACCAAGGACCGCUAACGCGCCAGUUUCGUCUCCUCCUCCUCAUCCGUUACAUAACGGGACUCCCAGACACCCAGUGGACGCCGAAGUUUCAAGACUGUUUGGCCCCUACAUGGGAGGGAGGAGGACGGCAGGGCGGCAAACCCUUUCUGGUCCUGCACACCUGCAUUCUUAUACCCAUUUAUUCUGUUGCCUUGAGGACAAGAAUGCAGCCUUAGUCCCCAACCGAUACGCCAAAGAAAGACUCGCUGCUGCUGGCUUUGGUGAAAAACGGCUCACAUUUAAAGGCAGCCAUACAGAUUCAAAUGAAUUCCUCGAAUUCUUGAUGGAUGCCUAUCCAAAACUGCGGAACGGUGGCGGUUUCGAGUUGCUAAAAAUAUCUGGCACUACGAGAAGUCGCCACUUGAUUGUGAUCCCCUGUCCCAAUGAGGGUUACUAUGUCAGAUAUUUGAAGGACCCUCAGACCCAGAUUGGCCAUUCUACGGUUUUCAUUAGACCAAUGCAAAGAACCCUGAAUUUGGACCCUGCAUGUCGAUCAGAAGGCGACAACGUGUUAAUUGGACCAAAUCAGAAAUGUGUCAUCUGUGGAGAGGAGUUCCCCUUUUCCAGAAUCAAGGAUCACAGCAAUAACUGCACGAGACCAUCACAGAGCAGCGGUGAGGUACAGAUUGAGUUGACAACUGAAAGGGCCUCCGGAAGUCAAGUUAGAUUUGAAAGCACGUUCACAGGAGCACAGGGAAAUGAGACAACAAGGGCCAGGAACACAAGACACUCGGUGCCACCUCAGGAAAUGUUGCCUUCUCCUGAGGUAGUUGACAUCGAUCCCACUGAGGAAAGUGGCUUCUCUGAUUGGAGAAUAGCGCCAGAUCCCACAGAGGCAGCAAAGAUGUUUAAAGAAGACAUUUUAAGCCAGCAUGCAACUGGAAAAUCCUUGUGUCUUACUAUGGAUCUUGGAGACAGUGCAGCGGAAAGGGAAAGAGCAGUCCUUACUUUUUAUAAGAAGGCAAAUGUUGAGUGGGCUUGCCCCUUGACAUGCACACUUAAGGGAGAUCCAGCCAUUGGUGAUGGUGUGACUCGGCAUUUCUUUGCAACCAUCAUGUCAAAACUUCAGGCUGGUUUUGAGAUGAAGUUUGUGCCUGGAGGAACUCUUCUUUUUGAAGGAGAACAAGAUCAUCUGAUUCCCUCCACUUCUCAUCUCCUUUUGGAGAGUGACUUCUUUGUUGUUGCUGGCCGAAUGAUUGGACAUUCAUUCCUCCAUGAUGGGCCAUGCCUAGGUGGACUGAGCCCAGCUGUCCUGCAUGUGCUCUUUGGUGGAUCCCCAGAAGAAGCCACAAUAGAUAUUAAGGACUGUGUUGACCUUGAUAUCCGUGAGACAAUCAAGUUGCUGGAGGGAACAGCAGAGUUAUCAUCAGAAGAAAAAAAGCUCAUCAAUGAGUUGGCACUGUCCUGGGAUUUGCCUCUAGUCACAUGUGACAACAGGAGAUGGCUAUUUGAUAAACUGAUCCUCCAUGCUGUCCUUGGAAGAACCUCCAGACAAGUCAAGCAGUUACGAAGGGGUUUAAAAGAGACACUGAUCUGGCCUCUGCUGACGGAGAGGAAAGACACGAUUCCCCUUCUCUUUCCAAGAGCAUCUGAUUUGCAGUGCACACCACGGAUGGUGUUGGAGAAGAUAAACUGGCCCACACAGGAUGAGGAUGAAGACAGUGAAGUCUCUUUGGAGGAUUCCUGUAGGCUCACAGGAUUCCUGCGCACAUUUAUUGAGAUGGCAUCUCCCGUUAUCCUUGGGAAACUUGUGCAGUUCUGGAUAGGAUGGAAUGUGCUUCCUAGACAUGGCCUGGAUGUGACCGUGGUGGAGAGCAACUUCCCCAGCUCUUCCACAUGCUUUCACCAGCUGAAACUUCCAGGACAUUACAAAGAGUACUGUAUGUUUGAAAGGGACAUUCUUGCUGCUAUUUGGAGCACUGAAACUGGGUUCGGGAUGGUCUGAAGAGACGGACACACCUUAGUACUAGAUUUGUUGUCUUUUGUUUGGCCGGCCAAAAAUGUAUGUUUUCAGAGAGGAAAAAAAACUCAGUUAAUGCCUAUACUCCGGCCAGUUUGUGUAACACUGAAAAUAUAUAAAGAUAAACAUGCUUUCCUUGUUAUUGCACAUAACAAAGAAAGCAUGUUUAUCUUUAUAUAUUUUCAAAGUUUUAAAUUGAUAUUCGUUACAAAAUGUUCAUUAACUGUAACAAAUGUAUAUUUCUUGAUGCAUUACAGUAAGUGUUGAUUCACAACAAGCAUAUGUUCAGUGCAACACAUGUUUCAAAUGACUACUGAACGUAACUUCAUUACCAUCUAAUUUUUAUUGUAUUAAAAUCGAAAUAUACUGAAUCUUG